AGCACAACCCAGCUGGGAAGAGGCGGCAGAGACUGUGGGGGGGACAGACAGACAGAGUGUUUGCUCGCAGCAAGAAAUGAAGCUGCGGCCGCGGGGCGGGGACUUGGCCAGUGGGAUUACUCUGCCCUAGGAUCAAGGAGAAAGAGAAUUUGCGGUCAAGGGGUAAGACACGUCAAACACAAGGAACUCCGAGCUCAACAGCUCACAGCCGCAGAGCCACUGCAUCAAAAACGACUGACUUUGGAUACUUGGAGUUCGCUGCGGACCUGAGACCCCCGUCUCCCCGGGAGCCGCCAGCCAGGAUAAUGACACUAUGUGACGACAGGCCCUUAACUUAACGAGUUUGACAUCGAGACAGCUGGUCCUGAUGUUGACAGUAACCAUGGAUGAGCAGGAAGCCCUGAACUCCAUCAUCAAAGACUUGACUGCUCUGGGCAAGGGCCGGAAGUUGCUGGAUUAUGACAUCGAGAAGAAACAGGAGGUGAGGAUCAAAUUUGAACACAAUGGGGAAAAACGAGUCAUGCAAUUCUGCAGUCCAGUGAAGAUGAAGGACAUCCAACAGAAGGUGAAAGAUGCCUUUGGGCAGCAGUUGGACUUACACUUCAUUAACAACGAGGUUCGCACUCACUUGCGAUGCCAGAAUGAGCUGGACGCUGCCAUUGAGCGCUUGGACCCAAACUCCAGUCUGAAAACCUUGAGGAUUUUGCUCUUGCCUCGAAAGACCACCCACGUGAACGGUAAACCCUCUGAGAAGCUGCCUGAGAUUCGGAUGAGCAAGUCUAUGGGAGACCUACUGGGAUCGUCGUACAACGGCAAUGAACGCCAUCGCAAGCUGUCAACGGGUUCGCUGCAGAAUGGCCGCAGUUCCCCUCCCCCCGGGAGCGUACCUGAGGGUCAGCAGCAGUUUGUCCGGCAAGGGUCAUUCACCAGCAUCCACAGUGAGGGCGAGUUCAUCCCCGAGACGCUGGGACUAAACAUCCACGACCCGUACAGCAGUGCUGAAGCCUCACUGUCUGGAAGCUGCCAAUCGCUGGAUAGAUCAAUAGACAGCCCAUCGUACGGACAGGUGGGUCUUGCAACGAGUUACCCUGAUGACUGGUCCAGCUUCACAGAUCAUUCUAAUUACUCGUACGAAAGGGCGGGAAAAGGAGGCACUUACCCACGGCAGUUUGCGUUUUCAAACAACAGCAAGAAGUACAAUGAUGGGCGAAGGACCUUUCCGCGAAGUUUCAUCCAUCAGGAGAACCUUUUCCAGCUGGUGCCUGCGGUCCGCUCGCAGAGCUUCAGCGGGGACAGCGUGGGCAACACUAUACACUCAGACGAUAACUGGACCAUUCAGUGGAGCAACGAGGACCAGACCUGCCUGAAGGUCCACGACAAUCAUCUCGCCUCAGCGUCACCGAGAGCACCUGUCAACUGGAGGCUGGGCAAGUUUCUGGGUCGGGGAGCAUUUGGAGAAGUUUAUCUGUGCUACGAUGCCGACACAGGGAGAGAACUGGCCGUCAAACAGGUGGCCUUCGACCCCGACUGCCAAGAAACCAGCAAGGAGGUCAGUGCCUUGGAAUGUGAGAUCCAGUUGUUGAAGAACCUUUGCCACCACAGGAUUGUGCAGUAUUACGGGUCGUUGCUGGACUCGGUGAACAGAAGGUUGUCCAUCUUUGUAGAGUACAUGCCCGGCGGCUCAGUCAAGGACCAGAUUAAAGCUUACGGAGCUCUGACUGAGAAUGUUACGCGGAAGUACACCGGGCAGAUACUCGAGGGAGUGUCCUACCUACACAGCAACAUGAUCGUACACAGAGAUAUCAAAGGCGCCAACAUCCUGCGGGAUUCUGCGGGCAAUGUCAAGCUGGGCGACUUUGGGGCCAGUAAGCGUCUGCAGACCAUCUGCAUGUCGGGGACGGGGAUUAAGUCAGUGACCGGGUCGCCGUAUUGGAUGAGUCCGGAGGUGAUCAGCGGAGAGGGCUACGGCAGGAAGGCUGACGUGUGGAGUGCUGGCUGCACAGUGGUGGAGAUGUUGACAGAGAGACCUCCGUGGGCAGAGUAUGAGGCCAUGGCUGCCAUCUUCAAGAUCGCCACGCAGCCCACCACACCCCGGCUCCCGGACGGAGUGUCCAGCGCCUGCCGCGCCUUCCUCAAGCUCAUCUUCGUGGCGGAGAAGCGACGGCCAUCCGCGGAGGCUCUCCUACGACACUCCUUCCUCCAGUAUAUCCUGUAGUGCAGUCUUCAUUACAACCUGUGUGUAGGAAAGGGCUGCUGAUGCUGGUUUACACCAAAGAUAGACACAAAAAUAACUCAGCGGCCAUCUCUGGAGGGAAGGAAUGGGUGACGUUUCAGGUUGAGAUGUUUCUGAAGAAGGGUCUCAACCCGAAACGUCACCAAUUCCUUCCCUCCACAGAUGCUGCCUGACCCGCUGAGUUACUCCAGCACUCUGUGAAACGUCACCUAUCCAUGUUCUCCACAGAUGCUGCCUGAUUGUGUGCAGUUUUGGUCCCCUAAUUUGAGGAAGGACAUUCUCGCUAUUGAGGGAGUGCAGCGUAGGUUUACAGGGUUAAUUCCCGGGAUGGCGGGACUGUCAUAUGCUGAGAGAAUGGAGCGGCUGGGCUUGUACACUCUGGAGUUUAGAAGGAUGAGAGGGGAUCUCAUUGAAACAUAUAAGAUUGUUGAGGGCUUGGACACGCAAGAGGCAGGAAACGUGUUCCAGAUGUUGGGGGAGUCCAGAGCCAGGGGCCACACAGUCUAAGAAUAAGGGGUAAGCCAUUUAAACGGUGACGAGGAAACACUUUUUCUCACACAGAGCUGCGAGUCUGUGGAAUUCUCUGCCUCAGAGGGCGGUGGAGGCCGGUUCUCUGGAUGCUUUCAAGAGAGAGCUAGAUGGAGCUCUUAAAGAUAGUGUAGUCGGGGGAUAUGGGGGGAAGGCAGGAACGGGGUACUGAUUGGGGAUGAUCAGCCAUGAUCACAUUGAAUGGCGAUGCUGGCUCGAAGGGACGAAUGGCCUACUCCUACACCUAUUGUCUAUUGUCUACUGUCUAUUGACCCGCUGAGUUCCUCCAGUUUUUUGGAAAUCCAGGAUCUCCAGUUUAAGCCAGCAUCUGCAGUUCCUUCCGACACGCUGCUUUUUUUGACCACUCCUGUCGAAGAUGAAUGUAUAUAUUAUGCUCGACCAAACUAAAGCGCAGCUAAAGCCUAACGACAAAUUAAUGCAUCUGCACAGUAUUUUAAUUGUCUACAUUGCUACCUGAUGCUGCAGUGUGUAUGAAGAAUGGCAUGAAGUGACCGAGAGGCAGGGAGAUGAGGACAAUCUGUUUGUUAUUAUACCUGACCUGGGCAUCAUUCAGAUCUACGGGCGGCACGGUGGCGCAGCGGUAGAGUUGCUGCCUCAUGGCGCCAGAGACCCGGGUUCCAUCCUGACUAUGGGUGCUGUCUGUACGGAGUUUGCACGUUCUCCCCAUGACCUCCUUGUUCCCGAUGUUGAGGGAUUCCAGAACCAGGGGCCACACACACAGUUUAAGAAUAAGGGCUAAGCCUAAUUGUAAAUUGUCCCUAGUGUGUGUAGGAUGGUGUUAGUUGAGCAGGGAUCGCUGGUCGGCACGGACCCGGUGGGCCAAAGGUCCUGUUUCCACGCUGGAAACCAGGGGUGGGCAGCCUUGUUCUGCAUGGGGGCCGGGACGCCUGUCUGUGAGCGUAUGGCGGGCCACACCUAUCACGUGUACACAUGGAUCCCGCCACUUCCAGGCCGCCGUUCCCACUCGCUCGUUCCCGGCCUGUUGACAACCCCUAUCCCAACCAAAGAUCAUCCAGCGGAUCUUUGAUCCCGACAGUGAUGCCCAGACACGGGAGGGGCGCGGCCAUGCUGGCAGCUUUGCGCAGGAUGUGGUACAGCCAGAGCUCGGCGCUUGUCAGCGCACACCGUUCCGCCAUUGCGGCCUCCAGUGCAGGCCUCCGUGCGUCACCGCGCCUGGGUGCCGCGGCCUAGGGCCCGGGUGGUACCGGGAGAUGACGGAAGUCUGCGGGCCGGAUGAUUAUGGGAAAAAACGCGCCUGCGGUGAUUUCGGGGUAGGGGCCGCAUUCGGCCCGGGGGCCGUAGGUUGCCAACCCCUGGUCUAUAGACUUGGAAUGGAUGAAGUGGACACGCUCUGUGUGGUCUAGUCAUAUGAUGUCCAUUGACUGAGAGGUUAUACAUAAACAGAUUGUUGCCAGGGUGCGUGCCCCAGUACAUGUGUCCCAUUCCAUGUUUCUAUCGGUGUGGGGAGAAAAGAUCACCAUUUUAUGCCUUUGAUGUACUGCAGUUCAGUCGCAUGAAUUAACAAAAGAUGUUAGACUCACAAUACUGAAACGCUCAGACCAUGAGCCCUUUAUGCAUUUUUCUAUUCUCGUGCUGACUUGUAUAUAUUAUUGACUUUUAAAUAUGACUUAAGUUGAGAACUGUUUUGUAUAAAAAAAAGAUGCAAUCCUCCUUUUACUUGGUGGAAUUAAAGAAUCACUGAAUUGAA